ACGCGAAACAGAGGGGAACACACAAGUAGAUCUACUACAAGAAAGCCUUCGGGGGGCACUGGGCACCAACUACACUACUGCAAAAAGAAAGCAUUAUAAUUCAGCAAAAUGGUGAUGUGGACGAUUCACAUUGAAGGAGGUCCAAAGCGAGUAAACCAUGCAGCAGUCGCAAUUGGAGAGCGUAUUUUCUCCUUUGGUGGCUAUUGCUCAGGAGAAGACUACAAUAAAACAAGACCCAUUGAUAUUCACAUGCUCAACACUGUAACACUUCGUUGGACAUUGUUGCCCCUACCAACUACUGAAGAAGAGCUUGCUCUAGUGCCAUACCAAAGAUAUGGCCACACAACAGUUGAAUAUGAAGGAAAUGCAUACUUGUGGGGUGGACGUAAUGACAGUACAGGAGCUUGUAACAAACUUUACAGAUUUGAUGGGGUGACUUACACCUGGGAUAUGCCGGAAGUUUCCGGGCCGAUCCCAGAAGCUCGUGACGGUCAUUCUGCAUGUAUCAUCCACCAACGCAUGUACAUCUUCGCUGGCUAUGAGGAAUUUACUGACAGGUUCUCAAACGACAUGAAUUAUUUGAACCUUGUGACUUUUCAGUGGGUCCCUGUUGUUGUAAAUAGCAAACCAGCCAGGUGGAGAGAUUUUCACACUGCCACUCCUGUGGGAACCACAAUGUUUGUGUUUGGAGGUCGAUGUGAUGAGGGCGGAGACCAGUUCACCAAUAAUGAAAUCUACUGUAAUAAAGUGAUGGCCUUCGACACAACUUCAGACACCUGGCUUCGACCCACACCACCUCCACCUGGUGCUCCCGCUGGGAGAAGGAGCCACUCUGCUUUUGAGUACAAUGGUGCAAUAUAUGUCUUUGGGGGCUACAAUGGCCUCAGAGAAACCCACUUCAACGAUCUCCACCGACUUGAUCUGUCUACAAUGCAAUGGACAGAACUUGAAGUUCCUGGCAAGUGUCCAUCUCCCCGAAGAAGACAGUGUGCUUGUGUGGUAGGCUCCAAAGUCUACUUCUUCGGGGGAACCAGCCCAAAAAGCCCAGACAAAGGGGCACCCUUAAGACAAACAGAUUCAGACCUCAUCGAUCGUUCUGAUUUGUUUGUCUUAGAUUUUGAACCCUCACUGAAGACCUUGUCCUCACUGGUGAUUCUUGAGCACAAUCUUGAUCGAACGUAUCUACCUCGUGAACUCAGAGUGGAACUGUCUAUAAUGUCAUCAGAAAGCACAGUUAAUAGAAUGCAUACGACGAAUGGCUGAAAAAUAAUUCAACUUUAUUUUCGAUUACUGUAAACGAACUCACCAAGCUUCAAUAACACAUGUUCACUUACAUUUGUGCAAUUUUACGAUAACAUAUAGAAACUAUUGGUGUAGCUGUGGCAGGACUGCUGCCUUGUAUAAGAUGUGGCUACUCUUUAGUGGACUGGGGGAAAAAAGAUGAAUGUGCACUGUCAUGGUAAUAUUCAUGCACUUUAUCAUAUCUGGAAUGAGUCUGUAGAACAACACUGCCACGUUUGUUUGUUCUGUUAACCAUUUCUUUGUUAGAUUAUGAUUUACGCUGUAAGUACACUAUUGUCAGUUUGGGUCUUUAUCCUAUGCUUUGAGACCCAACAAGAUCUGGCAUUAUUUGUUGCUCUGGAGCACUAUUUCAAAAUGAUUGCUUCAGUGUAUCAUUCACUGAUAAAUAUGUACCAGGUAAAAACCUCACUGACUUGUACGCAGCACAGUUCGAAAGUGAAAACUAUUUUGCAGCCUUUUGCAAAUUCACAGUACCAGUACUGCCAACAGAUGUUACCUAAUCCUCAGGAUGUAUUCUCAAGUACUUAGUGCUCUUCAAAUCCAGUUUGUGCCUAUGGUGAGGAACCACGCAAGAAAAAAUUUUUACGGGAAAGAGAUGAGGUUUUAAGUUUUUAUAGUAAGCAUAUCAGGCCCCUUCGAGUAAAAUAAAAAGUUUUUUUGUCACUUUAGUAAAUGUAUUUUUAUAACUGGAUAUCUAUAAUCAUCAAAUUUUAGUUGAGUAGUAGACCGUGAAAUUUGAUGUUAUAUUUAAUGAAGACAGUGCAUGUCUCAAGACUUGUGAUUUUCUAAAUUAAAAAAAGAAUUGAAUUUCACAGUCAGCACAUUGCAUGUGGUGGAGUUGUAACUGUGCAUGGCAUAUUAUUGAGGGAGUUUGGAGUAAUAGUUGCGCAAGUUGAAAGGAAGCCCGAGUGAAUGUGACCAAAGACUGUAAACCGUUUGUUUUUACUUGGCAAAAUUCAUUUCAAGAAAUCAGUUUACUAUAUUUAGUGGAGUGUAGUGGAGGGCAAUGGUAUAUUGUGGUAACUCAAGAUAAAUAGGUGCAUAUUUAGAAGGAAGCACAGAGGAUUGAUUGCAAAUGGAAGACUGUAUACCAAGAGUUUAUUUUUAAUUUAUAAAACCAACUUUUAUUAAAUCAACAGAAUUCAUGUACAGUUAUGACUAUUAUAUAAAUUUGUUGUAUAUUAUUGUGCGUAGUUGUGAUAUGUAGUCGUUUUAAAACGAAGCACAAAUAAAUGAAGCGUGUGUCGUUUCUUGCUUGAUACACUUGAACGA